AUGGCUUCCCAAAUUUUGUCAAUUUUACAAUUAAAUAUUCCAAAUCUUAAAUCGGUUUAUCUCCAGGUUGAUAUGAAUUUUGAUAAUCGAUCCGCGGCUCCUUUUGCAAUAACCCAUAAAUUAUGCAGAGAUAUUUUGAAAAUAUUUGAAGACGCCAAUGGAUGUUUAAUUGCACCCGACGAUGAUUUGUCCUCAAUCCAUCUCAUAAUAAAUGAGCAAAUGAUGUGCGAAAAAGAUUUUCAGGAAUUUCUGAAUGUUCAACGAAUAUUUGUAAAAUUCACAACAAAGUGCGAUUCCUUGGCCAUAGACAAGUGUUUGCGCUACACAUUUUUCUAUUGGAUGGAAGAACGCGGAUGGUGCAAGAUGAAUUUUUCAGCAUUUGAGCCGCAUUGCGUAUCAUCGGGUGAAGUGUUCAUGAAAUUCUCGGCGGAAUUGGUAAAGGCGUAUCCAUUUGAAGAAUGGUUGCUGGAUCACAUCGAUCGAUUUCGAGAUGAUCGCGAAGUCUCGAAGCGAAUCUCUGCUAGAUGGGUGACGUGUUUGCCAAACCUCGGAAAAGGAAGAAUUGUGAAAAUGUACAGGCAAAUCCCCGAGAGCUCCCCCUUUCAAAAUUAUACACAAAUGAAAUCAUAUUGGAAGAAUACGUAUGGCUACAUUUUACCAGCAAAUCCGCCAGAUACCUAUUACGAUGUGGUGUUUCAGGAUAAAACAAUGCUAUACCCGUUUUUUUGUGUUCUUCCAACCCCGCCACAACCAAUUCCUUACAAAAAGGACACUGAUCGAUUGGCGAAUGCUCUUCAAGAAUUUUUGAAAGAUUUUCGACAAAUCACAAGAAGAACAUUGGACGCUCAAAUUUCGGGUAAAAGUUGA